AUGCCGUUUAAUAAACGGACUGUUGAACCAAUAUAUUUAAGUCAGGUAAAAAUAUCCAAUGAUAUAUCCAAUGAACUAGAAUGUGUUGCAAAUCAUACUCUUGCCAAUGUUAUACGACAAUUAAGUUCAUUAAGUGUUCAUGCACAAGAUCUUUUUGAUGAAUUAAUAACUGAUGUUGGACAUAUAUUUCAACGUACAGAAGCAUUACAUGGACGAAUUGAAAGACUUAAACUUAAAGUAACACAAUUAGAUUCAAAUAUUGAAGAAGAUCCAGCAUUUUUUUUUAAUUUAUGGAUGCAAUCAAUGAUACAAUUGCCACAAAAUCAGAAUAGUCAUCGAUCUGGUAAACAUGAACGAUGUCGAUCACCGAAAGGUUAUCAACAACAAGAAUCUAUCUAUGCAUCAAAUCCAACAUCAUCUUCACAAUCUCGUCUUGUUCGUCAAACAUCUGAUGAACAACAUUAUCAAUAUCGUAGUUCUCAAGAUCUUAUUCAUCAUCGAAAUGAUUUUGAUCAAGUAGCACGUAAUACUAUUCGAUUACAACAACAACAACGACAACAAAUCUAUUCACAUUCAAAUCCUCGUCAACUUCUUCAAUAUCCAAAUAAUAAUAAUCUACAACAUCGUUCAGAUUUAAUGCAAUAUGGUAGUUCAACAUUAUCGACAUCUUCAUCAACUCGUGAACAACAAAUAAUGGCGAUGAACUUUAGUACAACUACACCAGAGUCAUCAUCUAAUGCACCAAAUGGAUAUAAUACAGAACAAUCAUCUCGACGUAAUGCUCAUUCAUCAGUUAUUAAUCAACAAGCUUCAUCAUUAUUAUCUGAAUUCGAACCAAACAAUCAUAUGUUGCAUCAUAUGAUGAUGAAACAGACAAUUGCUAGACCAUCAGCUAGUCCUCCACCCCCACCACCACCUCCUCCUCCUCCACCACCACCACCGCCACCACCACCGGCAUCAUCUCUACUGCAGAAUAUGGGUAUGGUUACACUAGCAACAAUUUCUGAAAUUGAUAGUUUACCUCCACCACCGGCUGAUUUCAUUGAACGGUCGCCAUCGCCACCACCUCCUCCACCUCCACCUCCAAUGCCAUCAAAUAUUCCACCGGCACCACCUCUACCAAAUUCUACGAUACACUCAAUUAUUAUACAACCUUCGGUGACAAGUGAAUCAAUAAAAAUGAAAAAUAGUACCAAUAGUAAUAAUUUAUCAUCAUCUCAAAGAGAUGAUGUUUCUGUGACAUCAGAAACUUCCAUUCAAGAUCAACGACCAUAUAUUAUGCGUGAUCUUCAUUCUGAUCUAUUAGAAGAAAUAAAAAAAGGUAUUCAAUUGAAUAAUCGUAAGAAAGAAGAAGAAAAAAAAGCUUCAGUAACAACUAAAACAACAUCACUUAAUGUUAUGGCAAUUAUGGAACAAGCAGCAAAAUAUCGUCGUGAUAAGAUCCGUCCACAAUCAGAAUCUGAGAAUGAUGAUGAAUCAUCACGAUGGGAUGAUAGUGAAUAA